UUCCCUUUUCUCUCUAUAAACUUUCUGAUCUGCCCUCAACAUUUCCUCUCUUAAUCCCCGCAUAUAAAUUAUUUGUUUGUUUAUUUAUUUGUUGUUGGGGUGUUGGUUUUCUCUCCCACUCACUUUGGUGGAUCUCCAAUGAUAAGACCAUGCUUCGAUUCAAUAUGGGUUUUUUUCCAAUGUGCUGUUGGAUAAGCUCUGUGCAAAGGAUCAAAUAGCUGCCAUGCAGUCUUAUUAUUGUCCAUUCAUCUCAGAGAAUAAGAUCCAGUUAUUGCUCAUCUGCAUUUAUAACUGUUUUCGCAGCCGUUAAGUUUGUUGCGAAGGCAUUGUUGGCAUUCUAAUUUCUCGGUUUUAGUAGUUUGAUUGGCGGUCCCUUCUUUACAUGAUGCCACCAAUCCAGAGGCUUUAUAAUGCUUGCAAAUCAUCGUUUUCUCCCAAUGGACCAGUGUCAGAAGAAGCUCUUGAAAAAGUCCGCACAAUGUUAGGUAGCAAGAAAGGAAUCCUUUCGUUGCCUCGAAUUUUCUCUUAAGCUUAAUCUAACUGUUUCGAUAAUUAAGUGUGAAGGUAUUUGGUAUCUUGUAUUUGCUUAUGCUUCAAAAGUUUUUAGUUUGCUAACUCUAUCCUAUAGUCUAGUUCAUUAAAUCUAUAGCCUUUAAUCUAAUUGGUUGAGCAUGAGCCAUAAACAUGGAUGCAGUUUAUCGAGAAAUCCUACUCCAAAAGAAAAAGAAAAAGAAAAAGAAAAAGAAAAAGAAAAAGAAAAAUUCCACAAGAAUAAUCUGCCAUACUCUCCUCAACAAGGUUAAAGAUCUUCUAUAAUUUUUUUAAUAAAUUUAGCUCUUGCUUAGGUAAAAAACUGACUUCCUUAUCAUCUAAAAUAAACCUAGAGGCCGUUACCAUUAGAGUUAUCCAAAAUUGUCCUUGUCCUUCUCUAUGGACAUUUAAUAGAGAACAAUCAAGGAAUCAUCAUCCACUAUAAGGUUCAUAAUGCUCAUGGAACACUUAUUUGGGACCUCGGGAGAUUGGGCUUUACGUUGAAAUGGCCAAGCUAAUGCCAAUUGUCUUAGAGUUGACAUGAACCAUGUUACUUAUGUGAUCUUUGGUUCUUUGGCCUUUUAACUGGUGGAACUUCUUUUAUUGGAUGAAGGAUCUUCUUAUGCCCAUUGUGUAUGAGCAUAUGCAUUUUUGUAGCCAUCAUGUUGAACCUUUCUAUAAAAAAGCCAAGUCUUCCAAGUUACAUGACCAUAGUUUUAAAAGGCUCAUGGCGCACCAAGGUGCAAAGUAGUCCUGGAGCUUGAGGCGCAAGGUGCACUUAAGGCGCAGGCUUUAGUGAAGUGAGGUGCAUCCUAAUUUACAUAUAUUUUUCCUCUAUUUUUUUCCUAUUUUUCCUCUUUUUCUUCAUCUUCUUCACUUCUCCACUGCACGGUUGAGGCUAGGGCAAAAUUUGGGAGAGUUGUCGGAUUGAAAACAACCAGAAAAGGGGACUGGAAGGGAAAACAGGGCCAAAAUGGCGUCGUUUUGGUCCUAAAAAUAAAAAAUAAAAAAUUAGGGCUUCUCUCUGCCCUCUGCAACCUGACUCCGGAGAAGAAGAGAAAGAGAAGGAGGUAGGGGAUCGAGGCGCACUUGUGGACCACGUCGCGCCUUGCGCACCUAAGCGUCGCCUUCGUGAAGGGGCGUCACGCCGCCCGGAGCCUAGGCGCACCUUUCACAACUAUGCAUAUGACUCACUUUUAUUGGUAAGACCUCACACCAUAUAGACUCUUUAAAGUCCUUACCAAAAAAGGAAUGUGACCAAGCAACAAAAGCUUAUUGGAAUUGAGGUGUCGUUAUCCUAUGCUAUUUGGAAUGGAUUUGAAUGUUUCUCUAUUUUAAUGUUAGCUUCUCAACAAGCUCUUGCAAAGCUAUGUUCCAAUUGCUACCUCCAUCAAUGAUCAUGGUACAUAACCACCGUUGGCAAGAGAUAUGUGUAUGGAAAAUGCUAGAAUCGCCAAUCUUCUUCUCUUUUCACCUUUGGGACAACUAACAAAGGUCACACUACAAGGCUAUGACCUUACGUCAUAUCAUCGUAAUAAUCACAUUUGUCACUAAGUUCAUCUUCAUUGUUGGUCUUUUCUUUUUUUGGAUGAUUUUCCAAUUUAGAUUUUGGUUUUUCAAAACAAAAGUGUAAACCUUUGCUUAGGUACACAUCAUAAUGAUCGUACCCACCACACUUAAAGCAAAAAGGAGUCUCACCUACCUUUUUGUCUCCAAUACUCGUGACGUUCUACCCUUAUUAGAGUCUCUAUUAGCCACAUUUGAAGCUUGUUGAUUAUUUUCCUUACCAUUCACAUGGUUAGAAGUUUGGGAAAUUGUUGUGCUAAGUGGUUUGCUUGUUGUUUGGUUGGAGAAAGUACUCCCAAUUUGUGACUUGGAUGUUUGGAAGCCUGAAACUUAAGCCCUUCUAUUUUAAGCGCUAGUUGAUAAACAUCAUCCAUGGUAUAAGUGUAUGCAAUUAUCCACUCAAGUUGAAUAUCCAUUUGUAGUCUAGCGUUAUAAAGGGCUGUAAGUUGAGCCUCACUUUCUCGCACUUGAUUCCAAAUGCUCAAUUCAUGGAAGUUUUUUGUAUGUUCUUCAACUCAAUACCUUGUUUGAGAGAAAACAAAUUUUGUGUUCGUAGUCAAUUGGGAGAAAGUGCUCCUUCAUCUUCAACUUCAUCUCGUCCCAUGUAUCUAUAGGUGGUUGUCUUGUUCUACAAAGUUGAUUCUUAAUAUUAUGCCACCAUAGACAUGUUGCUCCUUUCAACUUUGCCUUCACAAUACGAAUUUUUCUAUUUUCGGGCAUAGCAUAUCAACAAAGUAUUCUUCCAUUGACAUAAUCCAAUCAAGAAAAGCUGUUGGAUUUAACUUUCCAUAAAAUUUAGCAAUUUCAAGGUGUACCUUUUUUUUUGUCAAAUCUCAUCUUGAAUAAAUAGUUUGCCCCUUCUUUGAUUUCCCAUCAUCAAAUUGCCUUCUUCAUGUGGUCUACUAGGCGAUUGUUUGAAUUCAUGACUUGCAAUCUUAUCUUCAAUUGGUCGUUUUUCUUGGCUCUUUUGUAGUAACUUCAUGAUCUCAUCAAGUUUGCUAUUUAAUUGUAUUAUAGCAUUUUGAUAGGAUUGUUGUGUGGCAGAGAUUUUCUCUAAGUGUGUUACUUACAAAAAAAAAAAAAAAAAAAAGAAGAUGUCCUCUAUGUGUGUUGUAGCAAUAUCUUGAUUUCUAGAAGUAUUUUUUGAACUCAUGCUUGCAUAAGUUACUUCACUCCUCAAUUGCACAGACCUUCACACCAAGGACUUUUAAUCUAAUACCAAAAAUGAUGUAGGACAACCUUAGGAUGAUUGCCUACAAUUAAAUAGGUGGGCUAGGGUUUUUAUUUUUUAGGUUUAAGGAAAGGAACAAGGGAUAAAGUUUAUGGUAGAGAAAAAUAAAAUAAAAAAUAUAGAGAAGGAAGAUACAAAGAAUAAGAGAUAGAAACCUUAGAGUUUCACUAAGAUCUUUUAGGCAUCUCAUUUAAAAAAAAAUCAAUAGUUUGACAAUUGAGAAUUGCAAUACUUGCAAAAAAACUAAUAUUAUAUAAUCACCAAUUAAUUCUUUGGUUUAUAUCACUUAACUUUAUUUAUAGGUUUCUCUAAGAAAUUUAUAGUUUAUUAAGAUUUUAAUAACCUAUUAUGAAUCUAAUUCUAAUUCUCCUAUAACCUAAUUAGUUACUCUUAAUUUGACUCUAAUGAAUACUAAUCUUAAUUUAAUUUCAAUUAAUACUAAUCCUAAUUUAAUUCCAACCAAUGCCCAUCCUUAUCAAGGGGUUAAUUUGAAACCAUUCAUCUUCUUUAAAAUGCUCCUUACAAUGUUAAACCUUGAACUAUUUCAGAAAGGUUAAACUAAAAAGAUCCAAUAACUCCACCUAGAAUUCCUUUCUAAGUGUGACAUUAUUGGGACCAUGCACUGAAGUAAGUUGAAAGACCAUAAAUUUCCAAACCUCUAAAAAGAGAGAUGAGAGAGAGCGAGGACGAUCAUGUAAGCGAAGGCGGAGAAGGGGAAAGCCGGGCGGAGAAUCGAGGGAAGAGGAAGGGAAGUAGAUUCGUGGUGGAAUCGAAGGUGUUCGAAGUAGAAGCUGAGGAGAGGAAUGGCAAGAGCCAUGCCAUUAUCUCGGAAAGCAAGGGAGGGUUAGUGUCUUGGGUCCGUCUGGGGCUGGCGAGUGUGGGACUGUUCAUAGAAGGGCUGAUCCAGUGCACGAAGGAUGGGAAAGAUGGAAGAUGGGAGAAGGGCUGGAAAGAAAAAGGGAGGAUCUAUUCCCUGGUGAGAGAGGCUAAUAGGGUCGGGAGCUUCAUCCGCCUAGGGGUGACGGACCUGGAGAAAAGGAGAUUUGGUAUCUGUAUACCAAAAGGGAAAGGGGAAAAAGGAGGAUGGGUUUCUAUGGUGGAGUCCUUACUGAGGGUAGGAUUUCGGCGCGAGGAAAAGGAAGUUGAUCGAGGAGUAAGGGUUUUUGGUAGGUCGUAUGUGGAAGUGGCCAGGGGCUCAGAGCUCAGGGAUACUUCAAGGGUCAGAGUAGAGACAAAGGAGGAGGAAAUAAGGAACAAUGUGAGCAUAUUGAAGCAAUGCCUGAUAGGUAAUUGGAACCCUAAAUCAGCACGAGAAGAGGACCUAGCGAGAUUGGGGUGGUCAGUGGCAAGAGCGUGGGGAUUGAAAGGUAAAUUAGGCCUGGCUAGACUGGGAAAGGGCUAUGCUCUGUUGGAAUUUGAGACGGUGGAAGAAGCCAAGAGGGUUCUCGCCUCGGGGGUGAGAUCAGUGGGAGGGACCCAACUGGGUUUGGAGAUGUGGAGCCCGAGGUUUGGAUGCUCUGCAGAGGAUGAAGAUAGGAAAGAAGCUUGGGUGAGGAUCCUGGGUCUUCCAAUCUCGCUGUGGGUGCCGUCGAUCUUGAGGAGAGUGGUGGAAGAGUGCAGUGGGUUCCUAGGCAUCGAUCCUCUAACGGAAAGGAAAGAGGACUUGGAAUGGGCAAGGAUCCAGGUAAAGCUGAAUGGAGGGGCCUUGCCGAGUUCGAUGGAGAUUGGGGUGGAGGGGGAGGUAUACGUCGUAUCUUUGUGGUGGGAGAUUCCGCCGGCAAUAAGGAAAAAACAGGGGGAUGGCCGUGAUGAAUUUGGGCAGCAGAGAGGGGAGGUUAGGGGUGAUGGUGAUCCACGCGCGGGAUGGCGUGUGGGAGAAAAGCCGGGCGUUGGACCCAAGGAACAACGUCGGUCAGAGGAAGUGACAGGAGAGCAGGUGGAAGGGGAGGGUGGGGUUGGGUUUGAAAACUGGACCCAUCUCGGGCAGGUGACCCGACAGAGUUCUAGAUCCGCGGGCGAUGGGUCGAGUUCAUCCGGAUCAGGGCUUGGCCCCGUGGGCCUGAAGCGGGACUAUGGGCCAACUACGCAAGGCCCGCUUCUUUCUAAAGGGGUUGAAUUGGCUGCAGAUGGGAUAGAGCGUGGGCCGGCUGAGGGACGGGCCUCCGAAGGGCUGGAGCUCCUGUCCCAUGGGCCUACUAUUUCGGUUGGGGGCUAUCUGGGCCAAUUGCAGACUAAAUACAUGGGCAUAGUGUCACAAGCUGAUCCAAAUGAGCCUCCCCAUGACCUUAUAUAGAGCUAGGAAGCUUC